AUGGAGCUGAAGUUUCAGGUAGUUAUGAGAUGCUCAGUGUUGGUGCUGCCAAUUGAAUUUUGGCUCAUUGCAAGAAUAGUAAGUCCUUUUAACCACUGAGCCAUCUUCAGCCCCUACAGUUAUUGUAUUGUUUUAUAACAAGGUUCUACUUUGUGACUUAGGCUGGCCCAGAAUUCAUUAUGCAACCCAGGUUGGCCCCAAACUUAUGCUCAUCCUGCCUGCUCCACAGUUGAUGGGAUUACAGGUGUGCAUCACAGGUCUGGCUCCAGUAUGGCUCCUUAAAAUGUAUAUACAGUAUAUGGCUGGCAUAUAAUUGGCCUAUCUGUUGCCUCCAUCAUCUAUUAUGUUGGAAACAUUAAAAAUCAUCUGUAUUUUGAGGUAGUUAACUGUUAUCUGCCAUUGUUACAUAGUUAUUGAACAUGUAUGCGUGUAAUUUUCCAGGGCUGUAAUUAAGCUUUGUCCCGUGUUGACUGUGCUGCUACAAAGUCAUUUUCCUCUCCAGCUUGUCAGCCAUCCUGUUCAGCACUCCAUUUCACAUCUGGAGAUCAGGAUCCCAUAGAGGUCAGCUUCAGCUUCUCUAUUGAAUACCUACCUCUUCAUGGUGCAGGCUCAAAGCAUCUUGCUUCGGGACAAUGUGAGGACCAUUGGUGCCCAGGUGUAUGAGCAGGUGGUCCGCAGCGCCUAUGCCAAGAGGAACAGUAGCCUGAACGACUCUGAUUAUCCUCUGGACUUGAACCACAGUGAAGUCUUCCCCCCAACCACAACAUUUCUUCCUGAAGAUUUUACCUACUUUGCCAACAAUCCUUGCCCAGAGAGGCUCCCUUCCAUGAAGGGCCCGAUAGACAUAAACAUGAGUGAGAUCAGAAUGGACGAUAUUCACGAGCUCUUCUCCAGAGACCCAGCUAUCAAGCUUGGAGGCCACUGGAAGCCUUCAGACUGUGUGCCUCGAUGGAAGGUGGCCAUCCUCAUCCCCUUCCGGAACCGCCAUGAGCACCUCCCAGUCCUCCUGCGACACCUGCUCCCCAUGCUUCAGCGCCAGCGCCUGCAGUUUGCCUUCUAUGUGGUCGAGCAAGUUGGCACCCAGCCCUUUAACCGAGCCAUGCUUUUCAAUGUCGGCUUUCUAGAAGCCAUGAAGGACUUGGAUUGGGACUGCCUGAUCUUUCAUGAUGUGGAUCACAUACCUGAGAGCGACCGCAACUACUAUGGCUGCGGACAGAUGCCCAGGCACUUCGCAACCAAACUGGACAAAUAUAUGUACCUGCUUCCCUAUGCAGAGUUUUUUGGUGGAGUGAGUGGCCUGACUGUAGAACAGUUUCAGAAAAUCAACGGCUUUCCUAAUGCCUUCUGGGGCUGGGGUGGAGAAGAUGACGAUCUGUGGAACAGGGUACAAAAUGCAGGCUAUUCCGUGAGUCGGCCGGAAGGAGACACAGGAAAAUACAAGUCCAUUCCUCACCACCAUCGAGGAGAAGUCCAGUUUCUUGGAAGGUACGCUCUUCUGAGGAAGUCAAAGGAGCGACAAGGGCUAGAUGGCCUCAACAAUCUGAACUACUUUGCAAACAUCACAUACGACGCCUUGUAUAAAAACAUAACUGUCAACUUGACACCCGAGCUGGCUCAGGUGACUGAGUACUGAGAUGUGGAGAGAAACCCUGUCCGCCUGCCCAUCGCCUCCUCAGAAGCGCUGUGAUGUGCCAUCCUGGGGGUCAACACAGGACGAGGACAGAAAGAGUGGAGUGCAGGACCAUAGGGUUCCAGAAAAUGUCACAGAGCACACGCACAAAGACCUUCGCCGUAGGCCCACACAGGGACAGGCGACCUGGAGACACCUCUCAUCAGCACUGGCUUCAUUCUACAAGACAGAUGUCUGCCCUGCUGCUCUCUUCCGUCCCCACCCCAGGAGGGCCAGCCUAGGUGCCCCUCAGACAAAUGAAUGGCCAAGCCCAAGGCUACAUGGCCAGCUACCCCUGGCUUGAAGCAGGAGGACUGCACACCGUUUUCUCUGUUCUUUUUGGUUUUCACUUUGUUUAGUUUUGGGGCUUCCUUCCUUCCUUCCUUCCUUCCUUCCUUUGUUCCUUCCUUCCUUCCUUCCUUCCUUCCUUUGUUCCUUCCUUCCUUUCUUCCUUCCUUUUUUUUCUUUCUUUUUUAAGAAAAUUACCUGCAUUGGGUGGGAACUAAGGGUGGAGGGGAGGGACCUGGGGUGAUAGACACAUAACAGUCACUUCUUGAAGAAGUGUAAUUGUAAAUAAGCCAUGUAAAAUGCCUUUUUAAAAUUUAAUUUUAUAGCUGGCUUCACUUCAAAGUGAGGGCUUCGUAUAUUAGAUCACCUUGGGUGGCAAACAUAAUUGAGUUACCAUGCAGUUGAAGAGCGUCACCUCCCAAAUCCCUGUCAUUUUGGGAGUGGACAUGGGUCAGAGCAAAGAACCUUUCUCACCACAGCCCCUCUCUCCCCUCCCCCUCCAGAGACUUAACAACUAAGCAGGGACGCCCUUAGGGCCACAGUGUUCUUCCCUCUUACAGACCCCUCAUGCAGGGUGUGUGUGGGUUGGGAGGCAGGAGCAUGGGGCUAUCACUCCAAUGUGGAAGGCAGUGGCCUGGAGAACAGGACGUUUGAGACCAGUGUGGGUUACAUAGCAGUUUCCAGGCCGACCUGUGCUGUGGAGCAGGGUCCCCACAUACCCCAACUCUGAACUUUGUUUGUCUCUUCACCAUCUCAGAGUGGCUGUUGAGUGACACUCCCUUUUCUUUGGGAACUUGGCCAGUUUCUCAGAGCUGUGCCUGCGUGACAGCGGGCUUCAGUGUUUCUCCGUUUCCCCUUUUGGUUUCUGGGAGGAUGCUGUGCUAAUAAGCAAUUGAUUGGGAAGGGCACAGCCAAGGAGCAGGUGCACAGGGGUGCAUGUGUCAGCCAGAGUCCAGGUGAGAUUUCACCAGAGCUUUGACCGGCAGCCAGCAGAGGCCCCCGCUUCCUGAUGGUAGUUCCUAAGCUGCACUCAAAAACAUCCCUCCUCCCUGAGCCAAAGCCCUUCUUGUGUCUGCUGUGACCCUAUCUCUACAGCGGGCUCUGCGUGUGGUGGGGAGUGCUUCCUUUAGGCCUCCAGCUUCUUUCUGUUCUUUGCCUUUUUGCCUUCAGCGCCCUCGACGCUCAUGGUUUACAUAGGUGGGUGUGGGGUGUGUAAAUAUGUGGGGUUGGGGUUUUUGCAUUGCACAAGUUGGUUCUGUAUGAUCCCCACAGACUGUGGGAGUGAUUGGCCAGGCCUUGUUUUUUUUUUCUUCUUGUUUUUGUUCUUUUUGUAGAAUAGAGUGGUAUCUAGGGGACAGAUGGCAAUGCAGAAUGCUUCCCGCUCGUAUGAGAGAGCAGGUGUCUGCCCUUGAGAGCGCUGGUGAGCUGCGUCAUCUGUUUGCACUGGGCAAGGAGCUGCACGGCUGCGUUGACUUGCCUUUGUCUUACGGUACACACAGCAAUAGAGAUUGUGUGGGUCCCCAUCCCCACCUCUGCCCUUCUCUUGUUGGUUUUACAUGCUGGGGAUGAAACUCACGGCUUUGGCAUGCUAGGCAAGUGCUCUGCCACUGAGCCAUGGGCCCAGCCCUUACUCCCCUCACUCUCCUGUCUUUGCACUGAAGGCCGGGAGCUGCUUUCAGUGUGGCAGAGCAAUGGUCCUUUGGAGGGGCUCCCAGAGAGGGACAGUGGUGCAUGCAGCAUGUGUCCCGGGUGGAGCUCUGCGAUCUCACACUUGCCACAGGGUACUACUGUUUUGGGCCAAAGGCUGAUAUUUGAUUUAAGAAAGAAAAUGCUGAUUUGGGGAUGAAAAAAGGUCUUUUUGCUGCUCAAAGUAGGGUCGCUUGUAUUCUUUUGCAAUCAUGUCCAAGUUUGUUUUUAGUGUGGACUCUUAGUGGGCACUGUCAAUCAUUGUCCACCAAGUCACAUGCUGAGUGGGAAAUGUCACAGUCAAAACCAUACUAGCAGGUCACAGGUUAGGCCACGGGAUGCUUAAAGAAAAUGACAACCAGUGUGACCUUGGUGUAGUUUGGCAGCUGAGAUUAUUCAAUGUUAUGUGACCCUUAAACCGACCUUGCCCUUGAUUGCCUUAUGUGUGGAAGGUUCCCCUACACACGGGGUUUCUUUCGUGGGAGAGGGGUUUUGCAAAACUUUGGUUUUGCUAAAACAGGGACUCUUAUCAGCACUUCCCUUCCUCAGAGAACAGUAGCGGAGCAGGCACUGACUGUACCCACACACCACUGAUGAGGCAUUGAACGCAGCUAGAUUUUUCCAUCGUUACUUUUGUUUGUUUUGAGCUUGCUCUCUGUUUUAAAAGGUGCCAGGAGUACAUUUUUGCACUGAAAUCUAAAGAUGUUUUAAAAACACUUUUCACAGAAAUAGUCCUUUGUCAUUACAUUAUUCACUCAUGUGUUUGUACAUUUUGUAUGUUAAUUUAUGAAUGAUUUUUUCAGUAAAAAAUACAUAUUCAAGAACCAAA